AUGUCGUUUGGAUUUCCAGAGACAAUCGAGGAGAUCGCCAAAGCCAUCUUUCUUGCCAAUGCUGGUAACUUCGGGCCGUACCAAGAUGACGCCUUUCCCGCGAGUCAUUCGGCUGUAAUUGGAUUCCGUGCGACUACAUCGUUGGGGACUUUUCUAGACACCAAUCCGAUGAAUGGAAAUGAUGAUUCGCCUGUAUUUGGGACAUAUGUAGACGAUAUCCCUCGACGACUUCGCGAGUAUAAACCCCAAAUCUGCCAAUCUGGUAGUUCAGCAGCUACAGCAAUAGUGGGAGGGAUGACAGCUAUGAUACUCGCCUACGUCACAAUUCUCCCAACACUAAUGCCAUUGGAGGACAAAGCAGGAUUGCUCUUGAGAGCAUGGACGGCAGAAGGGAUGCAAAAAAUCUUCAAUCGAAUGUCAGGCGACAUGGGUAAUCGGAAACGAUUCUUGAACCCGGUCAAGUUCUUUUUAGACAAGCCGACAGAGUUAGCCAAAUAUUGUGCUAUUUUUGAUAGCCUACAGGGAAAAUAA